UAUGUAAAGGGAAUGUAAAAGCUGGUUAGUAUGGUGUUUCUGCCAUUAACUGUGCCGAUAAAACCCUUUUAUUUGUUUAAUUAUCAGCGUUUCAACAUGCAUUUUAUGUGCACCUAUAUAUCUAUGUAUGUAUUUUUGGGAGAUUUUUCCUUCGAGUAUUUUCAGUCGAAACAAACAGAGUCAGUGAAGGCCGAAUUUCUGUUUCUGAAAUUGUUACUGUUCUGAGAUUGGUUCUCAUAUCUUUGCAUGAAGAGAAUCUGAAUAUAAGCCAAGACCAUUCAUGCUCAAAUUUCAUUGUUAGUUUUACUUAUCAUUUCGAAAGAACUUGUCAUCAUUAUUAGUUGGUGUGGAAUGGCUACAAUAUCGAUAUUAUGUAUUUAUUUUGUUCCUGCACGAGAGUGUCUGAAUUUUUUUUUUUCGUUGAAUCGAGAGUGUCUGAAUUUUAAUUCGCAAAGAUUUCCAUUAGAUUCAUGAAUCAAUCGUUCUUUUGCUAUUGAUAUUGCUUUUGGCUAAUACCGAUGCUAUACUAAUUACAAAGAUCAUAAAAUUUUGACAAACCCAUUGGUCAGUCCUCAAGUUAUAGAUCUUCGUGCUUUUCAUUUAGUUUGAUUUCUUCGGUCGCUUGGUUGGCUUGGUCUAGCUUAUAGUGUCGGUUUUUGAAGUCAGAAUACGAGCAUCAUUACUAAAUUGACAUCUAUAUUAACUCUUGGUACUCUACUGCUUCUAUGGUCCAGAAGUUGCAACAGAUAUGAGGCAGUUAUGUUAAUUAUAUCAGAUUAGGAUCGCUUUUGUCAGCAGGUUUGGUUGACACAAUUGAUUAACCAGAAAAGUUGAUAGUUAAAUGGGAAGCUGGUUUCUGUGAAUAAUCUGAUAUUUCAAUUCUAACAGGUUGCCACUUUGAAGAGGCGAUCCAUGUUUCUUUGUCUUGUGAAGUAUGAUGGUGAUACGCAUAUAUUCAGUUUAUGUUGCUAGAAAAUGUGAUAUGGUUAAAUGUUUCAUCUUUUUAUGUCUCUUAUACAGCUUUCCAUCAAGUAAUUCUCGUAUGCCUACUUAAAGAACUAAAAAAAGAAGAAGAACAAAGAAGUCCUUCUGGUUCAUAUAACUUUCAAUUUAUUGAUACCUCUUACUUAUAAAAAAAAACUUUAAAUUUAUUGUUACAUAUAUUGCUGAAGGAAGGCUUAUCGUGCUUCUUCAUAUUAUCAAAGUAUUAUAAAAAACUCAAAUUAUGGUUCAAUUCUUGAGCCUCGGUUGAUCAAUUUCUUCUUUAUCGAGGAGUUUAGGGAGUUUAUUCUAGAUGGGAUUUUUUCCACGUUCUACUUUCUUACAAUUUUUUUUUCCUUUUUACCCUUGGUCACUAGGUCUGUGCCCACAUAACCCUCUGUGUGUAUGUGCUCAGGCCUCAGAAGGUUAUAGUAGUGGCAAUAAAGUUUUCCCCAGGGUAUCUGUAAGUAAUGGGGUUCUUGACAGGACAUGGGGACUUUAAAGUAAAGGAUUCUUGACAAAACAGGGAAAUUUCUUUUAGGGCUCUAAUCCAUAGUACCCUGAUAUUGUUUAUUUUCCCAUUAUCGUGAUUAUUGAAUUUUACAGCACAUCAAGGAAAUCGAUGGAGUUUGAUAAAGAGCAGCAUGGUGUCCCUGGAAGUGUUCCUGAAUAUGGUGCAAUUUUUAUGUUGAGCAGUGCUACCAAAAGAGAGUGUUUCAGACAGAGACUAGUUGGCGUUCCAGCUUUUCUAGGUCACUUUGUAAAGCAUGUUAAAGCUGGAAUGAUUUUGUUUUUGUUUGAAUAUGAGAAGAGAAAACUUCAUGGAGUUUUUCGGGCAUGCUCCGAUGGUGCAGAGAAUAUUGUGCCCCAUGCAUUCCAAUCAUCCAGGAAGCAAUUCCCAGCACAGGUAAAAUUCACUCCUAUUUGGAGCUGUAGACCACUUAUUGAAGCUGAAUUUCGUGAUGCGAUAAAGGAAAACUACUUUUCAGCUAAGAAGUUUAACUUUGGGCUGUCUGAAGAGCAGGUUCAUAGGCUUCUAUGCUUGUUUAGUUUGAGAAAGGUAACAGAUGACCUACCUCAAAGGAGAACAAACGAAAUUAAAGUUGCAGGUGCAUGUACUAUGGGUAAAGUCAUGAGAUAUGAUAAUGGUGGGGUUGUAAUGAGUGAUAAUAUAAACGAUCGGGAUUAUUCUGAUGAUUAUCACAUACUGGUUGUUUCGACUGAUGACACUUGGAAAUCUUCUGGACGCAUUGGAAGAGAACAUGACGAAGGCAGGUUUGCAAAGAUUCAUGGAGUGGAGAAUAAACCUGAAGUUUACACUGAGCCUCGACCAGUUACCUUGGAUGAGUAUUUUGGGGACUCUUUGGCUAAUGUUGGAAGGGAUGGAGGCAGAUUUGCCAUGUGUGAGAGAACUGGGAGUGAAUGUACCUUGUCUAUUGAGCAUGGACAAGUUCCUGAUCAUGGCAGGUUUGCAAAGACUAACAGACUAGCAUGUGAGCAUGAUAUGGACAAAGAAUUUGUGCCACCCUUUCCAACUGAGCACCGUACUGUAUCUCAACCUAACCUUCAUAGAUCCAUCUACUCCAACAAGUUCAUUUGGGAAACAGACUCUGGGGUUCAAGAUCAAAUCGGUACACAUUCCACGUUCUCUGGCUCAAGUGAGCCACAAAUUUCUUACCCUUUACCUUCAACAUUGGGUGGAGAUGCAAUUGGUACGAGUACACACCCUUUUGACCCUGACCUUCCCGGUAUUAACUCAAGUUACUCUUCAUCUUCUGCAAUUGUUCGCAGCUCUCAUUCAUUUCAAGAAUGUACUCCCCCCCCUUACAGGAUGCAUGCUGGGAAUCUCAUUUCUUCCCCGAAAAACCAAUCCUAUUUUUUAUCAGAUUGUAUGAAGAAAUGUCCAUAUGAUAGUUCUGGUUUUGGGAACCAUGCUCCUUUUUCUACCCCCAAACGUAAUGAGGAUUUUAACUAUAGGACCAGUCUUCCUUUCUCUGGGGCUUCUUAUUCUGAAAGCUUGGCCACAGAAUUUCCUAGAAAUCAAAGUUUGGAGGACCUUUCUUUUUCAUGGUGUCCAGCUGGUUUGACUUUAUCAGAGACUAGGAAUAAUGGGAGUGAAACCAAGGGUCCUCCAUCUUAUUCUUCCAGUCCCAGUAUCUACCCUUUUGAUUACAGCUUUCCCGUAAAGUCACAGGGGAAGCUUGAGCAUGAAGGUGUCCGACGGGAAGAGAAGAACAAAUGGUAUACUAGUAAUAUUCCCUUGUUGAAUGAUGGUCAAGUCCUGUUGCAUGGUUUUGAUUGCUCUCCUGAACAUAAGAGUUUGCACCACCAUGAAUCAAAAUCACUAAAUCAUGAUCGCAACUCUUAUUCUUAUUCUGAAAACAUGCCUUCUAUCUGUGAGAAGAGCAUGAAUAGUGUGUUUUCUCGUUUAGCUUCGUCAUCGUAUGUAUGUGAACAGGGAAAUGGUGAUGACGUUGGCCAUGAGGAAUUUCACGGGGAUAAAGCAGCAGAUGAUGUCAUGGCAAUGCUUCGUCAGAGUCGGUGCCGACAGGCAAAGAUAAAAAAGUAUGGUAUCUACACUUCGCCUAACUUUGAUUACAGCUUUCCUGUAGAGUCACAAGGGAAGCUUGAGCAUGAAGGUUUGCAGCAUGAAGAGAAGAACAAAGCAUUUGCUGGUAAUAUACCCUUGUCAAACGAGGGUCAAGUCCAGUUGAAAGGACAUGAUUAUUCUCUCAAGCAUUGGGGCAUGUACCAGCAUGAUUCAAAAUCACUAAAUCAUGAUGUCAACUGUUAUCAGUAUUCUGAAAAUGUGUCUUCUGGUGGCGAAAAGAGUAGGAAUAGUGUGUUUUCUCGUUUAGCUUUGGCCUCAGAUGUAUAUGUAAAGGAAAAUGCUGACGUUGGCCACAAGGACUUUGAUGGGGAUAAACCAGCAGAUGAAGUCAUGACAAUGCUACCUCAAAGUCCCUGCCAAUGGGCAAAGCACGGAAAGCCUAGAUUGUUGGUCAAGCGAUAUGAUGUCGAAAACUUUGGAAAUAAAAAACAAUCAACCUUUUACCCCGAGUGGGAAAGGGAUUGCCAGGAAAUGAACUUAAAGGAGAUGAAAAUGAAUAUUACUUCAACUGAGAAUGUCAACCAAACUCAUGUUGAGGGUACUUCUGUGGAUUUCAAGAAUCCGAGUGCAGGAGGGACACCAUAUAGGGAUUUCAAACGUCGGAGUGAAGUUCAGGAAAUUCAUAAUGAUUCAAAGGGUAGAGUCUGUGAUGAAAUUGCUGGGAGUGAUGGCUUGUCAGGUGAGCAGUGCAAAAGAAGAAAAUUGAUUAGGCCAAACUUCAGUAAGAGUACGGAUGUAUUACAACAAGAAAAUUCAGUAAAAAGUAAGGAUAAAACCAGAAGUUGUGAGGAGUUGGUUGGAAGUGAGGAUAAGGAAAACAAGUUAUCCCAAAGUGUCAAAAAGUUACAUGUGAUUGGUCCAAUCAGUGGUGAGAAUAAGAAUAUUGAUACUGAUGUUGAAAGAGGUUCAAACUGUGUAGGAGAACCAAAAGCAGGAAAUUGUGAGGGAUUCUUUAGACUUGAAUGUGAAAACGGAAAAGGGCCUUCACAAGAUGCUCUUGAAUGUGAAGACAAAAAGGAGUCUUCUCAAGAGGCUGGCAUCCACAGUGCUUGUGAAGGCAAGAGUCAUAAUGAUGAGGAUGGCUUGGAAAUUAAGGAUCCCAUUGCACAUCAGUUGUCACUAGGUUGUCUGAUACCUGCCACUUCAUCUACACAGUCAUUUAUAGGAAGAAAAGAAGAAAUUUAUCAAAUAGUAAGAAAUGCCCACGAACUUUGUCCUGUCACUGGUGGCAUUGCCUCUGGUAACACAAUGAACAGCUUAAGCAGUCGGAUUUCUACGAUGCAAAGGGUACUAGAGGAAUCGAUGUACAUCAGUCCAGAAGAAGGUAAGAGAAAAAACCAGCAGUUGGCUUUGGGAUCCAUUGCCAAACAGUCUUAAGUGUCUUGUGAAAGUUUCAGGUGCUUCAAUAUUGGUAGAAUCAUCAACAUUUUUUUUUUUUGGGGGAAAUUUUGUGUGGAUAGAUAUUGGCCUACUCUUGACAGAGGCAAAGACUGUGAAAUGGAAUUUCAUAAAAAAAUUUAAGAGUAGGAAUGAAGUUCUCCUCAACAUAGAGUCACCAGAUUCAAGGCAUCACAACACGAGCUUGCUGAUAUUGGUGCAAAUGAUAAAAGCAAUGGGGAAGUAAAGCUGUUUAUGGAAUAUUCUAUCAUUCAAAUUGAAGCAUCUGAAAUGUUUGACUGAGGCUUUAAACUACAAUGCUGAAUAUUAAAGGAAGAGAUGCUGUUGUUUGUGUAUAGAAUAAUUCUUCUUCACACUCUACUGUGUGAAGAAGCCCCAGCACACCUAACGUGCUGGGGUGAAAAAAAUAAAAAAUAAAAAAUUUCUUUACAGUGUGCUGCGGCUUCCGGCUGUUCCCCAGCAUUUCUCUUGUGUAUAUAAGACUGCGGUUUCGUAUGUGGCCUGAAUUAACAAAGUCAUCUCUGCAGCUAUAAAGCAUAUCCAGCGGUUGCUCACUUUGUAGUUGGGUUGAUACUUUUGUAGUCUUACUGCUGGUAGGACCUUUUCUUUUUAGGUUUCAGAGAUUCUUUUGGUUAAUGCUACAGCUUCAGAUACUAAUGAUUUCCCUUUUAAAUUUUUUGAUUGAUGAAG